AUGCGUAUGCUAUUUGCACUCUAUUGUUGUAUCACAAUCGAUGAGGUUUUCACGGAAUACAACGCCAUUUGGCAUCAAUUCUGUGAAUAUAUGAUUGACGAUUUCGUGAAUCUGAAACGUUUCUCGUAUCAAAGAGCGAAGGAAGAAGCUUUUAAAGAAAUAAGCGAAAUAUUAAAAAGAAAUAGACCACAUUUAUCUAUGGCAGCGUUAGGUAUACGUCCUAUCCACGAUAAUAAUAGAGGUGGUGCUGCUUUUAACCGUGUUCCCGACAUUGAUAAUGAUAUUAACUGCGAUCGUCAUUAUGAUUAUGGUUACGAUCCUAUAGAUCUCAACGUCGAUCAAAAAAGGAUCUUUCUGGAAAUUGUAAAAGUAGUGGCGCAAAUCGUUAACGUUCCUGUUCCUCCAGAGCUUAUCGAUAAAAUGAACGACGUUGUUUUUGAUGAUGAAAUUAACAAUUUCAUCAAUAAUGUCAAUAAUCGUUUAUUUUACGUCGAUGGACCUGGAGGAACGGGAAAAACGUUCUUGUAUAAUUGUCUUUUGAAAGCUAUUCAACAGUAUUUCAAUAAAAAAACUAUCGCUGUGGCAUGGACUGGUAUUGCUGCCAAUUUAUUGAUCGGCGGUACUACAGUUCACAAAGCUUUCAAAUUACCAAUUAAUAUAACGAAUGAAACCAUGCCGGGAUGGCCUUUGGAAUCAGAACAAAGCCUGGCAAUACUCAAUGAAGUGGCUUUGAUCGUUUGGGAUGAAUCUCCUAUGACCCCUAAAUUAGCUAUUGAAGCUGUCGAUAGAUAUUUAAAAGAUCCAUCUAAAAGUUUUUUACAGAUGGGUGGCAAAUGUUGUUUAUUCGGUGGAGAUUUUAGACAGACUUUACCGGUAAUUAUAGGGGGCCAUAAGAAGGACAUCGUGAAUGCGUGUCUCAAACGGAGCGUACUUUGGUCUUCGUUUACUACUUUCCAUCUCAGUAUUAAUAUGAGAGCUAGACAUUACGUUGAGAAUUACGAAGAAUUAGGUAAUCGAACUUUCGCCGAAUGGUUGUUGAAUUUGGGAGACGGUACAAUUCAAUAUGUCACUUUACAUCCCAAUUCGACAAUUUCUGGCAUUUUACCGGACGAUCUUAUCGAAAUUCCUCAUAUGCUUCGUGUAUCCAACAUCGAUCAAUUGAUUGAUUUUGUUUAUGGAAAAUAUUUUAGUUUGAUAGAAAAUGGCACAAGUGCUAUUCUCUGUCCUACUAAUGCCGCUGUUAAUGACAUUAAUGAAAUGAUCUUUGAUAGGAUGUUGGAAAAUGAGGUUAAAGUCUACUAUAGCGUAGACGAAUAUAAAAGGGAAGAAGAUGACGAUUUUCACGUGACCACCUAUCUUCUUAAUUAGAUCAAUUGUGCUGCUUUACCCCCGCACGAAUUGAAAUUAAAAAUCGGCGCUAUUGUUAUGCUUCUUCGUAAUAUUGAUAUCGAAGAUGGACUAUGUAACGGAACUAGGGUACGAAUUAUAUCUUUGGGGGAUCAUAUUAUCGAGUGUGAAAUUCGGACUGGGGCUAAAAUCGGACGUAAGGUCCUAUUGCCUCGAAUAAGAAUGAUUUCUCGCGAUACUAUGCUCCCGAAAGAUAUAAUUCGCACGCAAU